AUUACAAUCUCUAUCCGAUCUGUGGUCCAAGUGUUAUUCUAACCUAUAGACAUAACCUUAUCACCAAGUUUGAGAUUUAUAAAUAUUUAUUGAAUUCAGUUCGAUUCGAUUUAUAAACUUUUGUCUUCUAUUUAUAAACAAUGCCAAAAAUAAAAGCAGAGAAAAAAUCCAGAAUACAUAAUGACAUUGCUAAACAAGGUAUACAGUUUAAUAAAGAUUUCGGGCAACAUAUACUGAAGAAUCCUCUUAUUAUUACAUCUAUGCUGGACAAAUCUGGUUUGAGACCCACGGAUGUUGCCUUGGAAAUUGGUCCUGGUACUGGAAACAUGACAAUCAAAUUGCUCGACAGAGUGAAAAAAGUAAUUGCUUGUGAAAUAGACACCAGACUUGUGGCUGAACUACAGAAACGUGUACAAGGUACUCCUUAUCAAGCAAAAUUACAAAUACUUGUUGGAGAUGUAUUAAAGACAGAAUUGCCAUUUUUCGAUAUAUGUGUAGCAAAUAUUCCUUACCAAAUUAGUUCACCAUUAGUGUUCAAAUUGUUACUACACAGGCCAUUCUUCAGAUGUGCAGUUUUAAUGUUCCAAAAAGAAUUUGCACAGAGAUUGGUUGCAAAACCAGGUGAUAAGUUGUAUUGUAGAUUGUCAAUCAACACUCAACUGCUGGCACGAGUGGACAUGUUGAUGAAGGUUGGUAAAAACAACUUUAGGCCACCACCAAAAGUUGAAUCUAGUGUAGUACGAAUUGAGCCACGGAAUCCACCUCCUCCAAUUAAUUUUGUUGAAUGGGAUGGUUUGACAAGGAUAGCAUUUGUUAGAAAAAACAAAACAUUAGCAGCUGCUUUCAAGCAUGCUACUACAAUGGCUGUCAUGGAAAAAAACUAUAGAGUACACUGCUCUUUAAAAAAUAAGGAUAUACCAGAAGAUUUUGACAUAAAACAAAAAGUGCAAGAGAUUUUAACUAAUGCCGAAGCUGAUCAAAUGCGAGCAAGGACUAUGGACAUUGAUGACUUCAUGAAAUUAUUACAUGCCUUCAAUGCAGAAGGAAUACAUUUUGCAUAAAUAAUUGUAAAUAC